AUGUCGAGCACGUCGGUGGGUUUGCCACCGGUGAGCACCGUUGCGACGUCGACGGCGGUGACGACGGCGGGAGAUGCGGUGGGAGAUGCGGAUAUGAUGGAAGCAGUGCUGCAGCGGAGCCUGUCGCACGGCUUCGCAGCAGCUGUCGCGCAGGGCGACGCGUCGCAGUCGUUCCGGGACUCUGCGCGCGCAGGGAGCGCGGCGCAUCUGGCGGAAAGCCCGAGGGCAGGCAAGCAGCCGUCCGGACAGCAGCACCGACCCUCCGCGUGCGCCCCCGGAAUGACAUCGCCUGCGCCUUCUUCCUACUCUGGGCAAAGAGCGCCGCGCAUGUCUCCGCCAGCCUAUUCCCCCCGCGCUCUUCCCAGCACCGCCGCCGACCGAGGUCCGUUUUACCCACAGCCGCCGCAGCAGCCGCAACAGCUGAACCAGAUGCCGCCUCCGCAUUUCCCGGCGGACUUCGGCUUUGCGGGGCAGCAAGGCACGCAGCAGGGCAUGCAGGCAGGCGCGCUGCAAAAGGUGGAGAUGGAGAGACAAGCGGAGCUCGCGCAAGGCAAUCGUUACUUCUUUCCCGGCGGGCAUCUCUCUGCUGCGCAACCGAACCUGGGCCUCCUCCAAUCCAUUCCCGGACGGUCCCACGCCAACUCGCAGCAGCACCAGCAGCACCAGGAGCAGCAGCAGCAGCAGCGGCAGGUGGUGCAGGGAGCUGGUGGGGCGAGCCCUCUGCUUCCACCCGUGCGCCUCAACCCCAAGGACGCCAAGGGGCUCAAGGGUCCCCUCAUCGACAACCACUCCUUGCCACCACCUGCAGCAACUGCGGCGCCUACAGCUAGCGUGGUUGCAGCAGGGAUCCCCAACGCCGUGGCGGCUGCGCUCGCCGCCGCACCGUCUGCAUUCCUCACGUCGCCGCGCCUCGCUGGCAAGCGCUCUCACAGCAUCACCUCCGCCGCCUCCCCGCUCGUCUCCCCGCGCCACAAGCUCGCGCGCACCUCCCCCUGGUCCCUGCCCGUGCCUGCGCCCGUGCCUGCGCCCGUGCCUGCGCCCGUGCCUGCGCCCGUGCCUGCGGCUGUGGGUGCGCCAAUGGGCUCGGCACAGGCGUCGCCUGUGCGGAUUGCGGAGGAGGAGCAGGGCGGCGGCGGGGAGAGGGGGCGGGAGUCGUGGUCGCCCGUGGUAAUGAGGGACCUGGGCGCGGAGCAGGGGGAACAAGCGGAACAGGGGGAGGAGGCGGAGCAGGGUGAGCAGGCGGAGCAGGAGAAUUGGACAAUCGAGGAUGGGAAUGCGCUUAGGAGGAGGGUGGAGGAUAAGGGCGGAGGAGCCGGUGGCACUGGCGACGGCGGUGGGAAGGUGCAUGACGCUGCAGUGAGGGAAAGCCCUGCGAAUAAGAGCAACGCAUUCACCUCCCCAGGUCUCGGCCAGAGCACUGUGACUGCGGAGGGCGUGACUGUAGACCGCGUCUCAGCCUUCCCAUCCCCUCCCACGCCAAGCACAGCCCAUGCCGCCCAUCCACCCCCUCUCCCCUCCGCUCCCCAAUCCGCACCCCCCUCCGCCACCCCCUUCCCGCCCUUCUGCACGCCCCCCGCGCUCCCCCCAGCUCCCCUGCACGCGCCCGCUUCCCGCGCGCCUGCGAGUCCCAGCGUCUUCCUGCCCAUCCCCCCGCCCGGCAGCCCCUUCUCCCCGGCCAUGGCUGCCAUUGCCGCCACGCUCAGAGCUGCUCGCGUGCCCGCCCCGCCCCGUUCCGCGCCUGCCUCUGCUGCGUCCGCCGCGCCCACUCCUCCCGCUGCUCUAGCGGGUGUGGGUGUGGGCAUGCCUGCACGCCCCUCUCCGCCCCACAAGGUCCCCUUUUUCGCCUCUUCCGCUGCUGCAGUUGCAGCAGCUGCUGCUGCUGGUAGUGGUGGCAAGACCGCUGUCACUGUGGCUGGCAGCGGUGCUAGUGGCGCAUCAGGUGCUGCUGGUGCUGCUGGUUGUGCCAGUGGCAGGGCGUGCGGUGCUGCUCUGUGCCCUGCGGACAGUGCAUGUCCUUCUAGCUCCUCCCCUGCCUCCGCCAGGGCUUCUCUCCGUUCGGCUGCUGGCGGCUCGGUGGAAACAGGAGAGGCAGCAGGAACAGUGGAGAACCAGAGGAGUGGCAAGGCAGGGGAGGACAGGGCUCCGGAGAAAAAAGCCGAUAAGAAGCUGCUCGUUUCGCGCAUCGGCGAUGCGAUUUUCGCCGAGGCUGAGAGGAACCUGGAGAUGGAGAGGGAGAUGGGCGCGGAGGAGGGCUCAGAAGAGGAGGGGCGGGUGGGGAGCGCGGGCAUGGACAUGGUGGGGAUGAUGGGCAUGGGCAUAGAUAUGGGCAUGGAGAUGGGGGGCAUGGACAUGGGCAUGGGUAUGUCCAUGUCGUCAUGUGAGGAUAUCUUCUCGUUUGGCGAGAACAACAGCGAGUUUGGCGGGCAGCUGGGGCGAGACGGGGGCGAGGAGGUGGUGAGGGAGGAGGAGGAGGCGGGGGGAGAGCAGGAAGAGCGGGGGGGUCGGGAGGAGCAGGAGGGGGAGGAUGGGAUCGCCAUGGGUGCAGGUGGCAUGGGUGCUACUGGCCUAGGUGCUGAUAGCUGUGCUGCCCAGCCUCUGGGGGGCAUGGCAGCAGCAGGUGCGCUCAUGCAGCCACUGGAUCAGGACACUGUUGACUGGCUCGCCGCCCGCCCGCCGUCCUCCAUGGCCGGCAUGAACUGUCUGCUAGCGAGGGUGGUGGGGGAGGCGGGCGGCAGCGCAGCAGGCAUGGAUGGCAGUGCAUCACCCACCACGUGCGCUCUGCUGGACCGCAGACUAGGCGGUUCUGCCGUCACCGCACCCAAUGCCAAUGGCCCGAGUGACCUCACCACCCCUGCCACUCUUUUCGGUGCAGCUGCUGCCGCAGACGCCUCUGGUCGUGUGCCUUGGAGGAACGGAGCGGUGUGGAACAAUGCUGCCAUCCGAACCUUGUCCACAGCUUCGGCGUCCAGCUCCUUGGCAGGUGCGGCGGGAGGUGCGGGUGGGGCGGCGGGGGAGGCGGGGCAGGAGGAGAGGGAGCUGGCGCUGUUCCAGGCGCUGGAGGGGCAGAUGAUGCGCGAUGGGCGCAGCAGCAGAGGCACUGCCACCCCAGACGCACAAGCAGGGGGGGGAGGCAGCGAGGGUGAGGCCAUGGGCAUGGCAGGGCUUGUGGCUGCAGAAAUGGCGGCAACUGCUGCUGCUGCUGCUGCUGCUGCGGUGGCGGCAACAGCGCCAGUGGAGGUGAAAUCAGAGGCAUUUUCUGGCGCUGAGAGAGCCGGUCCCAGCAGUGCUGCCACGCUGUUUGGUGGCAGUGCCAUGCACCCUGCUGGCCCCAUGAGUAUGGCCCACGCCCUCCAUGCUCUCAACUCCGCCAACCCAGUCAACCCAGUCAAUGCAGUCAACGGGAACGCAGUCAACUCAGUUAAUGCGGUCAACCCAGUCAACUCGGUCAACGGGUUUCUUGCGGACCCCUGGUUGUGCCGGGCGAGGAGCAUGCAGGGGGCGGGCGGCGGGGUGAUGGGCGGGGGCCAAAUGAUGGGCGGCACGGUGCUAUCAGCCAUGGUGGCGGUGUCAGCAGCAGCAGCCAGGGACGAGGCAGUGAUGCGAUACAUGGAGAAGAAGAAGCACCGCACGAUGUCCCGAGACGUAGGCGGCGAAGUGUUGGCGAAAGAGUUACAGAAGCUGAUUCUCGAGGUGUCGCUAGAGCAGCUGCGAGAGCACACACCGGCCGUGCGACAAGGGCUAUUCGGAAUCCCAACGGCUAAAAACCGCGAACGCGCGGACGAGAUCGCGGAAGCGGAGAGAGAAGUGGCGAAACUGAUCGCUGCGAUCGACGGUGUGGAUGCGACGAUGGAGACAGAGCCCCGGUUGGAUGAUGCCAAAAGGGCAGACGACGCCAUGGGUGAAGAUAACCAGGCGACAGAUUCACAUGCGACAGAUUUAGUCGCAUCGCCGUCGCCGGCUCAAUCACCGGCGGGAUCCUCGCAACCCAGCACGCCCGCGAGUGCGAAAGGAGGUUCCGCGGCCGCAAAUACCCCCUUGCCUGGUGCACACACUCCGUCGCGCGCUGCCCUGACCCCCUCACCCUCCUCCACGUGGCUACCGUUUGGGGGGAUUCUGGGCGCGUGGAUGUCGCCCACCUCCCCGCCCCCCGACGCAGAUGCGCCCCCCUCAUCCCCGCCCCCCGAUGCGGAGGCGCAAAGCAAGGCGGGCGAUGCGGAUAAUUCAGCGCGCGGGUCCGGCGGGGAAGAGCAAUCGCCGGUGUCGUCUGGAGCUACCCAGGCGUCGCUAGAGUCGCGGGCUCUGGCGACUGGUCCUGCGACUGAACCAGCGAUCGGAGGGACGUUCGGAGGGUCUGAUUUGGGGGUUAUUGCAGCGGCGGGCACACGUGGCGGAUCUGAAUUGGAAGAUCCCACCGCAGCAGCAGACGUAAAGGAGGGAAGCAGAUUGAAGAAGCCAGAUAAGAGGGACGAAUACAGUUCCUCUGCUGCUGCUGCCGCUUCUCCGCCUCGAUCUGCUGCCACCACACGCACUGCUAUUGCCGUAACGGCAGAGCAGCUACAGGCGGCAGAGCAGCUACAGGCGGCAGAGCAGCUACAGGCGGCAGAGCAGCUACAGGCGGCAGAGCAGCUACAGGCGGCAGAGCAGCUACAGGCGGACGUGGUGGAGGCGGCUGUAGCGCAGGCGGCUGCCAGCUGGCAUGCCACGUGGACGCAUAAAGGAGAGCAGAGGGGGGAGCAGAGGGGGGAGGUGCGGAUGGGAGGGGAGCGGGAGGAGGAAGGGGUGGAUCCGAGAGACGAGGUGGCAGCAGCAGCAGCGGCAGCAGCAGCGGCGUCACUGCAGCAGCAGGUGCUGGCGAUCGCCUUGGAGCAAGCCGUAGCGGCUGUUGCGGCUUCAGCUGUAGCGACUGUAGCAGCAGCUUCAGCAGCAGGAGAAGCUUCAGCUGUAGCGUACUCAUCAGCAGGAGACGCUUCAUCUGUAGCGGCUGUAGCGGAGCGUAGCGACAAGUGCAAGAUGAGAGACGAUCUGGUGGACAAGGUCGUGGAGGUGGCCGCCCUACAGGCCGCUGCGGCUGUAGCGCCGGCUGUAGCAGCGGCUGCAGCGGCGGCUGUAGCUGAGGAGAGGAACGAGUGGGUGGCGAAGGGCGAUUUGGUGCAGGCGGCGCUGCAGGCGGCACUGGAGCAGGUGGAAAGCGGCUGGCGUGGACUGGAGGAGAGGAGUGCGGGGGAGCGGCGAGAGCUGCUGGGUCGACUGGCUGCUGCAGAGCAGGCGGUGAGAGUAGAGGCAGCUGGAAGGGCUGUGGCGGAACAGGCUAGGAUGGUGGGAGAGAGGGAGGGUACGGCUGUAACGGCGGCUGUAGCGGCGGCUGUGGCUGAGGAGAGGGAGGAGUGGGCGGCGAAGGGCGAUCUGGUGGAGGUGGUGCUGCAGACGGCGCUCCAACAGGCUGCUGCCACGUGGCAUGGGCGGGAGAGGGAGUUACAGAGGCAGCAGCUAGAGCAGCAGCAGCAGCCGGAGGUGAGACCAGUUGAAGAGGGGGAGGAGGAGGGGGAACGGAGAGAGGCUGAAGGCAGGAUGGGUGGGGAAGUGAUGGUGGAAGUGAUGGGAGUGGCGAUGCAACAGGCAGAGGAGGAGUGGCAGGCCCGUGUGGCUGCUGCUGAGGCCAACGCUGCUGCUCUAGAGAGGAGAGCAGCCGCAGCUGAGGCGCUGGUGGGGCGAGCAGAAGAGAGGGCGGCUGCUGCAGAGGCGAGGGCGGAAGCAGCAGAGGCGGCGAGGGGCGAGGCGGAGGAGAGGGUGAGAGCAGCGGAGGUGGGGAGGGGAGAGGCGGAGGCGAGGGCGGAAGCAGCGGAGGCAGGGGCAGCGGAGCAGCAGCAGGAGCGCACAGCAGAGGCUGCUGAGCUGUGGGGCGAACUGACUGACCGCGAAGCAGUGUGGGACGCUGAGAGAACUCAGCUUGAGGAGCGGGUGAGAGAGGCAGAGGAGCGGGCGAGGGCAGUAGAGGAGAGGCUGAGAGCAGAGGAAGCGAGGGCGAGAGAGGCGGAGGAGCAGGCACGGGCGUUGGAGGAGGAGGUGGAGCAGUUGCAGAGAAGGGUUGAGGUGGCGGAGAGGGAGAGGGACGCGCGGAAGGAGGAGGAGGGGCGGCAGGGGAAGCUGCUGGAGCAGCUGAGAGCAGCGGAGAGGCAGGUGGCAGAUGGUGCUGCCAGGCUGGCAGCUUGCGUCGCUCUGAUUGGCCGGCUGGAGGGGGAGGUGCGGGAGAAGGAGAGGCGGGUGGGUGAGUUGGAGGGUGAGGUGGCGGCUUUGAAUCAGGAGCUGUUUAGUGAACGGUGUAUCUCGAGUGGGCGGGAGCAGCGGUGCAGUGCGGUUCAGGGUGAGUUUGACGAGGUGAAGCGCGCUUGUGACAGGCGGAUUGCUGAGCUGGAAGCUGACGUGGCAGAGCGAAGGGAGGUGGAGGAGGGAUUGAGGGAGAGGGUGAGGGUGCUGGAGAGGAAGGGGGGAAGCAGGGGACGGGGAAAGGGAAAGAGAGAGGGGGAAGGAGGAGGGAAAGCAGGUAGAGGUUCAGAAGAGUCGGUGGGAGGGGAGGGGGAGCGAGCGGAGGAGGAGGAGGAGGAAGGGGAGGAGGUGGAGAGCAGGAGAGAGGAGCAGGGCAGGGCGAGGGUGGGCGUGGGCGUGAGAGGGCUCAGGUGGGGGGGAGGGGCGGGAGCAGGGGCACGGGCAGGGCUGUCAAUGCUGCUGGACGAGGAGGAGUCUGGGCGGGAGCAGCAGUCUGGGCGGGAGCAGCAGUCUGGGCGGGAGCAGCAGUCUGGGCGGGAGCAGCAGUCUGGGCGGGAGCAGCAGUCUGGGCAGUUUGCAGGGCGCGCGUUUGUGGUGCGCCCGGGCAGCACUGGCGGCGCGGUGAAGCGGGGCGGCGCGGGGAGUGAGGGGCGCGGAGGGGAGGCGCGGGAGGUGCGGGAGGCGAGGGAGGGGGGUAAGGCGCGGCGACCGGCGUCUGUUGGGGCCACACCCAUGCCCCGGAUAGCUGGCCGCGGGGCAGGAGGAGGAGGCGGUGGGGGUGGAGGUGGUGGUGGUGGGGGUGGGUUCAGAGUCAAGGGAGGGAGGUUUUUUGGUGGGAAUGGGGGUGUGUGGCAUGGUGGGAGUGACAGUAGCGAGGGGGGGUUCAGUGAUAGGAGUGAGGGGAGCGUGGGGCCUGUGUCAGAGGAGGGUGACGUGUCACCCUCGUUAAGAUCACCUGAGAUACGAGCACGUGUGAGGAUUGCGCCGUGGGUGAGAGCAGGGAGUGGGGACGGGGAUGAGGAGGAGGAGGGGAGGGAGGUGGGAGGGGAGAGGGAGGAGGGAGAGGCGGAGGAAGAGGAUGGGGUGGCGCUGCUGCUGGAGAUGGCGCAGGUGGUGGCGCGGGAGAGUGCAGGCGAGGGAGGGGAUGGAGGGGGAGAAGCGGAGGGGAGGACCGAAAGGGGAGAGGAUGGGGAGCGGGAGAAGGUGGAAGAGAGCAGUGGGAGUGUUGGCGAUGGGGCAGGGCAAGGUGCAGCAAGGGCGGUGGCAGGCACGGGGCUGGGGACACUGGAGGAGGGUGCUGGGUCUGCUGUGAAGGGCAAGCGGCCAGAGGGGCGCGGAUUUGCAGGGAACAUUGAAGGGCGGGUGAGGAGGGAGGGCGGUUCAAGUGGUGAUGGGGAGGGGGAGGGGGAGGGACUGGGAGUGGAGGUGGAUGAGGGGACGGGGGUGGCGGUGGGCGUGGAAGGGAGCGAGGGGGUUGGGGAUGAUGAGGCGUGUAGUGCUCAAGCGAGAAAGGGCGGCACGGGAGCGUCUGGGGUGAGGGCAGGUGCAGAGUCAGGGGCAGCAGCAGCAGCAGGAGGCAGGACAGCAGGAGGGGAGAGUGCACUGACAGGAGGGGGGAGUGUGAUGACAGGAAGUUUGAUGACGGGGGAUAGCAGGUGGUGUGCGGAGAGGCGGGUGGAGGAGUUGGAGGAGGCGAUGAGUGCCAUGCUGGCGCAGGUGGAGGCGUGGCGCGGCAAGGCGGAGCGGCGGCAGCAGGAGGCCCACGCGCUGAGGGAUGCUGUGAGGCGGCUGGAGGCACACGUGGAGGGCACUCAGACUCACCAGCUGCGCGCUCUUGACACCACUGCUGCUCCUCCUGCUGCCGCUGAUCCUGCUGCUGCUGCUGCUUCUGCUGAGUCUGUGGCAGUACGGGUGGAUGAUGCUUUCGCUGCUGCAGAAGGUGAGGGCCCUGCCAGUGCUGCAGAGAGAGGUGAAUCUGGGGCGGGUAGUUCUGGGGCAGGUGAAUUUGGGAUAGGUGAAUGCGGGGAAGGGGAGCCGGAGGCAGCGAGUGUGCGGGUGAAGAUCCUGAACCUGGAGCUCAUGAACAACAACAAGAACAAGCGCAUUGCCGCAUUGGAGGGCCGCCUGCACGCCAGCAAGGCCGCUGUCUCUCAGAUCGCCCGCAGCUACCACGAGCUGGACGCUGCCAGAGAGGAGGCUGAUGAGUGCAGACGACGGUUGGGUGAGGUGGAGGCGGAGUGGCGGGGGAAGGUGGCGGAAGCGGAGGAGGAGAAGGAGGUGUAUCGAGAGCGGAUGGUGGAGCUGCAGCAGUACUGGAGAGAGUCGAAGCGGGCGGCGGAGGAGUGGGAGGCUGCUGCGGAUGAGGAGAGGGAGAGGGCGGAUGAGGAGAGGGAGAAGGUGAGGGGGUUGGAGAGGGAGGUGAGGGAGGAGAGGGAGAAGGUGGCGAGUCUGCUGCGCGCUGUGGUGGAGAAGGAGGAGCGGCUGUGUGCGUUUGCUGCUGAGAGCGAGCAGCAGAUGAGGGGGUUGAGAGAGGAGGUGGAGGAGUUGAGAGCGGUGGCGCGGGAGAAGGAGGAGGAGAUGGAGGGGGUGAGGCGGGACUGGCAGCAGGUGCUGGUUGGGUGGGAGGAGGAGGAGGAGGAGCGGAAGAGAGAGCAUGAGAGGGAGAAAGGACGGCUGGAGGAACAGUUGGAGCGAGCGAGGGAGAGAGAGGGAGAAUUACAAGAGGAGGUGGAGCGAGUGGGUGGGGAGUGUGAGAGGGCAGUGGAAGCAGCGCAGCAAACGGAGAGGGGGAGGAGAGAGGCGGAGGGGGAGCUAGAGAGGGCGAGAGAGGAGGUGAGUAAGCUGAAUGUGAUUGUAACGAGUCUGGAGAAGGAGGUAGAGGCGCAGCAACAGCAAUUGGACGCUCUGGAAAAGGAGAAGGCGGAGGGUGGCGGGGGGGGGCGGGAGCAGGGGGAGUGGGAGGGGAAGAAGGGGGGACGAGGGGUGGAGUGGGGGACGGGAGAGUUGGGUGCGGGCGAAGACUGGCAGCAGCUGGUGGAGCGAGCAGCAGCGGAGAUGGAGCAAGUUUGUAAGGCGUUAGGGGAGGAGCUGGAUGCGGUGGAGAGGGAUAGGGCAUGGUGGCGGCAAGUGGGGGAUGCGCUGUGGUGUGCGGGCAACAGCAGAGCGGGCGAAGGUGUGGCCAAGGAUGCAGGUGUGGCCAAGGAUGCAGGUGUGGCCAAGGAUGCAGGUGUGGCCAAGGAUGCAGGUGUGGCCAAGGAUGCAGGUGUGGGCAAGGAUGCAGGUGUGGGCAAGGAUGCAGGUACAGGUGCGGGUGUCACUGCCAGUGCCACUGCCACUGCCAGUGCCACUGCCACUGCCAGUGCCACUGCCACUGCCAUUAGCAUUACCAGUGGUGGUGCAGAGGCUGGGGGAAACGCAGGGGUGGCAGCGCUGCAGCUGCUGAACUGCUCCCAGGCCUUGAAACGGCUGAGUGACACGGGCAUGGUGGGGGAUGCAGGUGGUGACAGGGGGCAGGAAGGAGCAGAUGUGGCAGAGCGGUUGGAAGGGAUAGAGAGGAGUGAAGAGAGGGUGGCGAGGGAGAGGCAGGAGUGGGAUGCAGCAGCUGUGGCAGCAGAAAGCCAGCAGCACCGGUUGAGUCAGCUUAGAAAAACGCUGACUCAGCGGCUGCGCUCUGUGUCGACAGCUGUCAGCCAGCUGAGGAAGCGCCGGCGCCAGCUGGCGUGCGAAGCGGCAUGCCAGCUGGGCAAGGCUGGUGACGUGGCAGGGGCAGCGGUGGGGAGUGUGGUGGGGGAGGGCGUACACGUGGCAGUGUUAGAGGAAGCGGUGAGAGGCAUGGAGGAGGCUUGGGGGGAGGAGCGAGCAGCCAGGCUGGAGCAGGCCUCCCAGCUUCGGCAGUACUUGGCUGAUCUGGCCGAGGCUCGGAAGGCCCUGGAAGAGGCUCGGGGAGAGGCCCGGCAAGGGUUGAGGUUAGGAGGGGAAGGGGAGGAGGGGAGGGAGGGUGUGGGAUCGGUGGGUGGGGAAAAGGGGGGAGUGAGAUGCGAGGUUGAGGAUAAGGGGAGGGAGGAGAUGGUGUUGGGUCUGCAGCUGCAGCUGCUGGUGAUGCAGUUGGCACUGGAAGAAGCAGAGGAGAGGCUGGGGAGGAGCGUCGAUGGGGGGACAGGUGAGAGGAUUGCAGGGAGAGGGGAGGCUGAUGGGAGGGACGAGAGGGGCGAGGGAGACGGGGGGAGGUUGGGGAAAGAUGGGAGGAAGGAUGAGCAGGAAAGGAGGGAGGGUGAUGGAUGGGAGGAGGGGAAGCGGGAGGGCACGGCGGGGUGGGAGCAAGAAGCGAGGGCGCGGGACUUGGAGUCGUUCAUUGUGUUGCAGGCGCUGCAGCAGACGGAGGAGGAGGAUGGGGCCGCAGCACAGCAGUGCCAGUGCGGGCCCGACGGGGAACCCGAGGGGCCGGUGGCUCUGAAUAACGAGGUGGAUGCCGUGAGGAGAGCGCUGCGGUGCUGUGCGCUUCAGCUGCUGGUGGCGAGUGAAGCGCUGCUGCAGGGCGAGGGGUGGGGCGAGGCGGUGAGAAGAGAGCUGGUGAGAGAGCGGCGACGGAGGGAGGCGGAGGAGUGGAGUGAGAUGCUGGAGGAGCAAAGGCGCGUGGCUGAGGUGGCGGCGGCGAGGGAGAGGGAGGAGCUGGUGGGGGAGCGGGAGGGGCUGCAGGGGGAGGUCUGUGAGCUGAAGGGAAGAGUUGGCGAGUUGGAGGAGAAGGUGUGUGAGGCGCGGAGGAGAGUGGGGGAGCUGCAGAUGAGAGUGGGGGAGGUGGAGGAGGAGGUGGGGGUGAAGGGCGAGGAGGUGGGGCGGUUGCAGGGUGAGUUGGGUGAGCUGCGAGAGCACAAGAGAGUGCUUUACGGGCAGGUGAACGGGUUUCUAGGGCAGGUGGAGGAGAUGCACGGGCAGAUUGAGGACUUACAAGGGCAGGUGUACGGGCUGCAGGGGCAGGUUGAGGAGUGGCAAGGGCAGGCGCACCAGUUGCGGCAGCAGGUGCAGGCAGGGCAGCAGGCGAUUGUGAGGGAGCAGCAGCGUGGGGAGGAAGAGGCAAGAGCAGCGGAGGAGAGAGUGAGAGCCGCGCUGCAGACACUAGAGGAGACCAGAAAGGCCGCUGCCAGUGCUGCUGCAGGUGCCGCUGCUGCCCUGGCGGAGCGGGAGAGGCAGGCAGGUGAGGAGAGGGAGCGGUGGCGGCAGGAGGUGGCGCGCAUGGAAGGGGAGGUGGCACGGGCGGGCAGGGAGGUGGAGCGGGCAGGCACGGGUGCGCUGGUGCUGCAUCAGGGGGCACCUGAAGAAACACCUGGAGGGGCAGGUGGAGGGACGCCAACGUAUACACCUGGCGGUGGCAAGACACCGGCGUUUUUCACGCCGUCGGCAGUUACUCCUGCUACAGCUGCCACGGCAGCAGGGACCGGCAGGCAUGGACAGCUACAGCCGUGGUCGCCUGCCAGUAGUGUGGCGUCUCCAGGCGAUGCCACUCCCUUCCGGUCAGCUUCCCCUCUCGCCCCUCCCUCCCCUCCCUCCCCUUCCUCACCUCUCCGCGUCCCUCUCUCGCCAUACCUAUCCGUCCUCUCCCUCCUUCCACCCCUGUGCCGCUCGCCGUGCAUCCAGUCUUCUGCAUGCCUGCUGCAAGCAGCGGAGGACAAGUGGCGGCAGCAGCAGGAGGCGGUGCGGGUGGCGAUGGCGAACCUGGGGCGGGCGGAGAGGGAGGUGCAGCUGCUGGGGGACGAGGUGAACGCGCUGAGCGACCUCGUGGAGGAGGCUGCUGUGCGCCUCGCGCACCACGCGCCCAUGUUAAGAGGCCUGCCCGGGAUGCUGGAGCUCGUGGAAGCCAUGAGGGCUGCUGCUCUCAGGCGGGCUUGA